AUGCCUACAUUGGGUAAAAAAUCGGUGAAAGAUCCGGCAGCUGUUGAUUUCCUUGAAAAAUCAAUGAUUGUAUUGACUUCCGGUACCUCAGAAAAUCCGCUUAAUUUACCCGCGCAAAAAGAUGAAGCAAUGGACGAUGAGAAUGACAAAGGUCGUUCAAUAUUUAUGUCUCUUGGCCUUGAUGCGGGCAGUAUGGAUCUCAGGUCAACAUCACCUGAAGAAGAAUCCAUUUUUACGGCUCACGGCGAGAAACCGGCUGUCGAUCCGAUGAUGGAUGAGCAAAUUGGAAUGGGCGGUGGUGAACUGGAUUGUGAGGAGGGUACGUCAUCACCGCUCAACAAUAUCAGUACCAACGAGCAUCUUACCUCAUUGAUUGCUCAUAUGGCCAAUAACACACGAACUCAAUGUCCGGAAUGUGGCAAACAUUUCCGUAAAGGUUCAUCACUGCAAGUGCAUAUGACACUGAAUCAUGGCUUUCCACCACCGGGUAGUUCCAUUUCAUCUGAUGAUCAGGCUGAAAAAUGUUCCGAUUGUGGUACUUCAGCCGAACCAGGAAAUUUACAAAAUGAAAAUCCCUCAUCAGCACCAGUUCAUCAAGAAAUCAAAGAAAUCAAAUCAAUGAUCGGUGAAUUGCGAUCAGCCCAAAGUACAGCACGUGUUGAACAGUUAUUAACUGGUUUGGACACACGUGUUGGACGGUUAGAGAAGCAACUGGAAAUGGCAUUAAACAGUAUUUAUACACUGGUUCAGCUACAAACCGGAAUUAAUUCAUCCGUGACGAGGUUCAGGGAGGAAGCUUGUGAGCAGCUGAAAACGGUCAAAGCAAUGCUCAGCGAGUCUUCCGUUUGA